CAGCCUACCAGCGCAGGCGGCGUAUGACGAAUCAGCUGAUCAGCUGCUAGUGCGUGCCUCCAGGCCUCAACGCCUCUACUCGUAGUGGACGAGGAAUCUCAGCCUGCAGCCUGCCUGCUGCCAGCGUAUGCAAGGUCAUGGUCAUGAGGUCAUCUCUUGCUCGCUGGACCAAGACUCGUCGCCCCUCCAUUCCGUGCAUGACCGGCAGGCCACAGCGCCCUCACAUGCCUUCCAACAUCCCACUAGGCCACUCACUCUUCGCCAUCGCCAUAGAUCCCUGUCCCAUCGCCGUCGCCACUCUUUGACCCAAACUCGAUUGCCCCGUCGCUCUUGGAGAUUGGAG